AAAUGAACAUACAGUCAGUCCACCUAAUCUAUCUACUCACUCAGGACUCAGCUAAUAAUAAAAAGAAUAAAAAGGACAAAUUUCAAUUAGUUUUGUGAGUUGAAAUUCGGGUGAGGAAGGUAGGGUUUCUACUAUCAAUUCGAAAAACUGCAAAUUUGGUUGAGCUGAGAGAUUAUUCGCCGUUGGUUUCGGAAUCCUGCUGGUUUCGAAGUCGGGGAAGAGACAACAGAAUGGGGGAUGAAAAGGACGCCUUUUACGUUGUGUGGAAGGGGGAUAUUAUUGGAGUCUAUAAGAGCAUCAAUGAUCUUGAAUCCGUUCUUCGAUCUUCGGUGGAUGAUACUUCAGUUCGCGUGUUCAAAGGGUAUGGCUUGUCUAAAGAAGCUGAUGAGUACCUCUCGUCACACGGACUUAAGAAUGCUAUAUAUUCUAUUGAUGCCAGUGAAGCGCAAAAUGACCGUUUUGGCCAACUUAUCACAUGCCCUUUUCGAGAACCAAAUUCUUCCACGAGUAAAUCAUCUAGCAAGAAUCAUCAAGAGAAGAGACCGCAGCAGGACAUAGUUGGUUCAGCUUCUUUUGCAGCAAAUCCUCAAUUAAAACCUUCUAAAUUAGACGAUUUUCUUCAAGGUCUACCAGUUUCUUCUUACUGCAGUUCCUGUAUUAUUGAGUUUGAUGGUGCUUCAAAAGGAAACCCUGGACCAGCUGGCGCAGGGGCCGUCCUGAGAUCAGCCAAUGGGGGCAUGGUAUUUCGGCUGCGUGAAGGUGUAGGUAUUGUGACCAAUAACGUCGCUGAAUACCGAGGUGCCAUUUUAGGCUUAAGAUAUGCUCUCUCAAAAGGGUUCAAAUAUGUACGUAUGCAGGGAGACUCUAAGCUAGUCUGCAUGCAGGUUCAGGGUCUAUGGAGAACCAAAACUCAGAAUAUGGCUGACUUGUGUAAGGUGGCUAAAGAGCUCAAAGAUCAGUUUGCAUCAUUUGAGAUCCGUCAUGUUGAAAGAGUGGCUAAAUUUUAUGAAGUAUGAACAUCAAAAAGUGUUUCUGUUAACCAUUAGCAUCACCUAUUGAAACAGCUUGUGCCUUAUGGGGUGGCUACUGUAGAUGUUGUACGCCACAUGGUAUAAGGUUUUCAUGUUAAUGUAGUGUCAUUUGACUCAUUCCGACUGUCUGGUAAUAGUUAUAUGAUCAGCAAUCUUUGAAUUAUGUGGUACUGUAUAAGAUAAUGUACUUUAUCUACCUGGCUGAUCUUAAAUGCAUUCCCUAGUUAAUUUUUAUGGGCCCAUAUAAAUUCUCCAUUUAUAAGUUGAUCAUAUUUUCUGAUGGUCAUGCACAGCAUUUUAUCAUCAAUUCUAUCUUCAUUAAAAAUGCAUACUCUUGCAUGUUAUCAGGAGUGCAACACUGAAGCUGACGCCCAAG